CGUCAACGGACGCAGCUACUCUGGCCGGUGCGCUGAGCUGACAUGCAGAUUUCGGAGAGUGAGGCCAACAUUGUGGACAAACCGUCGAGGCCUCGAUGGACCGUCCUGGAGAUCGGCUUGACCGUGACAACGGCUGUGCUGGCCGUCGCCCUCGUCGUUUUCAUUACCCUCUUCGGGACCAGGAAAGAUCCUGUGACACCAUGCACAUCAGCAGACUGUGCAAUAGCAGCCACACGUUUGCUGGAGGGCAUGAACCCUGCGGCUGACCCGUGUGAUGAUUUCUACGAGUUCGCUUGUGGAGGAUGGCCAAAGAAGCAAGUCAUUCCAGAAGACAGUGGCUAUUAUGGAACCUUUCACGUUCUGGACGAUCAUCUGGAAAUUGUCCUGAAAAGGCUGCUGGAGGAGGUCGCCGGCAGCGGGGACAGAGACGCGAUGACGAAGGCCAAGCAGCUCUACCUGUCCUGCAUGGACGAGGAAGCUAUUGAGGAAAGAGAUUCCGAGCCGCUGCUGUGGCUCUUGGAGGAUGUGCUCGAGUGGCCCGUUGCCACCGUCGAUUGGAAUUCCACCUACGGCAGCCAGUGGAGGCUCGAGGAGGUUCUUGCUCUCAUGACGUCACGUUACGGCAAUCGGGUGAUCGUCGACAUCGGCAUCGCGAGCGACGUUAAUGACUCCAAGUCCUCCUCUAUCUACAUCGACCAGCCCUCGCUGGGCCUCCCUACCCGGGACUUUUACUUUGACAACGGCUACUACAGCCAGGUACGUGACACGUAUCUCAGGGCUAUGAUUGCUGUGGCGACGAUAAUCAGAGCGGACAAGAAUAUCACGGACGAUAUUGACUUCGUUCAAGAGCAAAUGGAAGGCGCCUUUCGGCUGGAGAUGGAAAUAGCGGAGGCCAUAACUCCAGCAGAGAACAGAACGGACGUCACGAAACUUUUCAACCGGAUGACCUUAAUGCAGCUGCAGCAAGAGUUUCCUCUUAAUGGUUUCAACUGGACAUUCUUCAUUAACGAGGUUAUGAAGACGGUUGACAUUGAAGUGGAGGCGAGUGAGGAAAUUUUGGUGUCGGCUCCUGAAUAUUUGGAGCAGUUGUCUGACAUCCUGACCAGGCAUCCACCCAGGUCUGUGCACAACUACGUGGUGUGGAUGCUCAUUACGGAGGUGAUCCGCAGCCUCAGUCACAAAUACCAGGAGGCCAUCGCCGAGACCCAAAAGAUGCUGUACGGAGUGUUGCUGGCCAGGGCUCGCUGGCGUCACUGUGUCGACUACGUGAACACGGCCCUCCCGAGCGCCGUGGGGGCGCUGUACGUGCUCGACGCCUUCCCAAGACACGGCAAGACAAAGGUGGAGAUGAUGAUCGAGAGGCUGCGGGAAGCCUUCAUUCGCACGCUCGACGAGAUGACGUGGAUGGACGAUCGGACACGAGCGAGGGCGCGCGAAAAGGCGUUGGCCAUCACCACUCAGAUGGGGUACGCGGAUUACAUUGUGGACGAAAACAACCCCAGGCUUGACGAAGAGUACGCAGACUUGAACUACGAUGAAGACGUGUAUUUUGAAAACACCCUUCAAGAUUUAGAAUUCGCAGUGAAAAACGAAUUAAAAAGGCUCCGACGAACAACCAGCAAGCAAGAGUGGGACAUUGGCGCUGCAACAAUAAAUGCCUUUUACGACCCGAGCAAAAACCAGAUCGUGUUCCCUGCGGGGAUCCUGCAACCGCCCUUCUUCGGCCUGGGCCAGGCCAUGUCCUUGAACUUUGGAGGCAUCGGCAUGGUGAUCGGGCACGAGAUAACCCACGGCUUCGACAACUUCGGCCGUAAGUUCGACAAGGAGGGCAACCUCGUAGACUGGUGGACCGCCGAGUCUGAUGAGGGCUUUGACUCGAGAUCCAGGUGUCUGGUCAGUCAGUACAGCAGCUACACGUGGGACCUGGCUUCUGGACAAAAUCUCAGCGGAGUGAAGACCCUGGGAGAAAACAUUGCGGACAACGGCGGCGUUCGCCAUGCCUACUGGGCAUACAGACGCUGGGUCGAGGAGCACGGGGAAGAGGCGCGCCUCCCCGGCCUCGCGCUGAAUCACAAGCAGCUCUUCUUCCUCAACUUCGCCCAGGUCUGGUGUGGUUUGCAUCGGCCAGAGUUUGCGAGCAGCAUGAUAAAGGCAGAUGUCCACAGUCCGGGCUUGUUCAGAGUCAUUGGGACCUUGCAAAACUUUCAGGAAUUUUCCGACGCCUUUCAGUGCAAGCACGGCGAUUACAUGCACCCAGCUCAAAAAUGCCGCGUUUGGUGACAAGGCAAGAUAAAGAUGACCUGUAUAGCCUCAACAGACUUUUGGGGGAAACGCUAUUGGCGGGCACCUAUGAAGGCCAGCAUCGGCACACGAGGGGGUGGGUAGCCAGCACUGCACCCGGUGGCGAUGUUUACACACCGCACUGGGUACUCAUUUGUGGCUGAGUCGACCUAGGGUAGGCCCAAGACCAGUUCACAUAAUUUCCACAUGUAUUGCUUUUUUGGUCGUGAGCUGGAAUCGAACUCGGGUCGCUGGGUUCGUAGUGCAGUGCGUUAACCACUGUGGGAUUAGUGGUCUGGUGACCAGACCCCCCCCCACACACACACACACACCCACACACUGUGUAAAAAUAAAACAAAUACUUGUUUUAUUUUGCAAUGAUUGAGCAAGAUGUUGUUUUCGUGUAUGUGUCAGUAUCUUUCCAGACUUACUUUCCUUUAAACGUUGUCACAUCCAGCAAACAACUUGAGACUGUGGAACAGUAACUGCACAUUCCCGGGAAUUUGAAAAAAAAAUGUAUAUUAUGUGCCCAACGUUUGCUUAAGUUAUUGUCGAACACCUGCUACUCCGAUUGUAUAUACAAUACAUAUAUAUGUACCAGCAAUGAUGUACGAUCCUCACCCUUUAGAUCUCGUUAAUAAUAAUAAUAGCAAAGAUAAUAAAAACUCCAGUGCCUUUUAACAAAGUUAAAGUUGGUUCCUGUUCAGGUGACAUAGGGCGACUCUCGUACGAAUAUGUAAACGGUCAGGAACAGAUUUCAAAUGCAAUGGUGUGAUCCAUGAGAACAGGUUUUUUUUUUCGGUCGCGAAAGGCCUACGUGUUAAGCAAUGGUGUGACUUCACGGGAAAGCUAGACUAUGGUACGGGCUCGUUUUGCUUGCGCGCCAUAUGCACACACCCUCUGUCUUAUUACCAUCGGUGUGUCCACGCAUCGUUACAUUGCUCCAUGGGAAACGUCUGUGUCCUGCAUACUUGUAUGUACUGCUUUGAAUGUGUAGUCUUGCAACGUGAGCAAGAGGGCGAGCGAACUUAUGUAUAUGGCUAACUUUGUUGUCCUUCCCAAGUGCCUCCGAUUAGAUCGCGUGUAUGUGUGUAUGUUUAACUUCUUUCACACCGUACGUAAGCAACCGCGCUAAUCAGAGAUGCAGGGGAAGGACAACAAACUAAACACGAAAAGCAGUUGUAAAGGAAUGAGUUUCAAUUCCAGAUUUUAAAGUGCAUAGCUCCAGUGACAUCCUACUAUUGGUUGGCUACGUAUGGUGUGAAAGAAGUUCAACACACAUAUAUAACUCUUUCUUGGGAGCAUAUGUAGUUGUUGCCGUACAUUAUAUUUUCAUACUCGAUUUUGUAAAUGUAAACCAAGACAAAUUUAACACGAGGAUUUCACCGCAAGCAUCUCGGGAUUACGGUGUGACUAACCAUGAAAGCGUUUCAAAAGAGAAAAAUAGAUGGCAUUAAAAGUAUAAAAAAUAAUCGCGCCUGCUCGUGUCAGUCUGUUAGCCCUGAGCAUUCCCGGCAAUAUGU